CCCGACUCACACCAACGUCGGCCUUCUGAGAACUCCUCUCUCCACCCCUUGUCAAUCAUAUCGGCAUCCUCCGACCAGCGCCGCUCGAAUGACCUCUCACCCUCGUGGGCGCAACAGUCGCAAGAGCCCGCGCAUUGGGUCCAGCAGAAAUUGCGGAUCCAUCAUAGCCAUCUUGAACACGAUGAUGAGUCUUCAAUCCAGCAAGAUGAUGAGGCCGAAGAAUGGGAGGAAGAUGAAGAGGAAGUCGAAGUGAACGAGAGUCAGUUCUUCAACCCGGCAUUCAUAAGUGAGAUGGCAUUGCAGGUCAAGGAUAAAGUGUCCAGAGGUCGGCAUGUCAAGGCGGGCAUAACUUGGGUCGGCUCUUUCACCGGUAGAGAUGUUGUCACCGCAAUACAAAACCUCCUUCCUUGGUGGACUCGCGAGUCGCCCCCCGACCGUCGUUUCGCCCUCAUUGUGGCUCACUCUUUGCAGAAUCAACUUUGGUUCGUGGAAGUAGAUUGGGACAUCAAGCCACUGUAUGACUCAUCUGAGGACGUAUAUCGUUUCAUGGGCGAGCUGGAUGGCAUGGGGGGUGGUGAUGUUUUGACAGACGAACUCCCCAAAGGCGUCAUGACCAUGGCCACUCGAUGUUAUUCCCCCAGUUGUACUGGUGACUCGAGGUGUUAUGCUCCGCGAUGCCCCUACCGAACUCCCAAUACCACCUUCCUUGUUCGUCGUACGACAACACCCGCUCAACCCACCCCGAAGCCACGACAAGGGGAAUGGAAGGACGAGGUGGAUCCAGUACUCUUGCAAGAGUUGUCCCCGCAACAGUUGAACCGUCAAAAUAUCAUACGCCAGGCUAUCGCAUCCGAGGUCCAGUACGAAGCCGAUCUGACUGCUCUGGUCAGUACCUACAUUGAUAGCCUACGUCAACCCCAAACACCUGAGCUUAUACCCCCGGAGCGAUGCGAACAAUUCAUCUCGGAUGUCUUUUCCAAUAUCUUCGAGGUGCUUGAAUCCUGUAGACGACUCAUCGAUCACUUCUCGAUUCGUCAACGCGAACAACCCAUCAUACUGUCUGUCGGGGAUAUCUUUCUUCAAGCAGCGGCUGAGUUCCGAGACAUUUACCCAGAAUAUACGGGCAAUUUGCCUAAUGCUGAAACGGUACUCAAGAGAGAGUUGGACGAGAACGCGGAGUUCAGACUAUUCUGCGAGCGUUCAGCAAGGGAUGAUCGUCGCAGAGAGAUCAAGCAUCUCAUCGCCCGGCCAAGCAUGCAAUUGCAAAGAUACCCAGCGGUUAUCGAGGCAAUGCUCACCGCCACCGAGCCCACUGAUCCAGAUUGGGAUUUCUUGAGCGAAUCUUUGGCGAGCAUACGAAACCUGUCGAGCAUAUCUCAAUUGAAGCUUUUCCACGCAUCCAAGGGGAGAGGACCGGCUGGCAAACUGCAGUGGUAUGACUUGGUGCCUGAAGGGGAGCGCGAGCUCAUGGAGAAGAAAGAGCAAAGACGCCAAAUGCAGAUAUGGGAGCUCAUUCAAGGUGAGAUGGAAUACGUGGCCGACCUGGAGACACUCGAUACUCUAUUUGUCAACGGCCUUCGAGAAUCUGACCAUCCAAUCAUCGAGAGAGGUAGUUUAGAUAACUUCCUCGACGACGUGUUUCACAACUACCGGUCAUUACUCGAAGUUCACUCUCAUCUGCUGGAAAACUUUCAACAACGUCAGCUGGAGCAACACCCUCAUUAUGGUAUGAUUAGCGACCUCAUACUAGACGCGACGCUCAACUGGCAAGACGCUUACAUGGAAUACGUCACCCAUUAUCCCAUUGCUAAAGCCAAAGUUCGACAAGAGAUAGCUACGAAUCCGAAAUUCGCCCAGUUCCUCGAUGCGUGUCUCAAGGAUCCUAGAUCAAACCGACAGGAUAUAUAUCACUUCAUCUACCGACCCAUUCCCCGAUUAUUGCGAUAUAAUCUGCUAUUGGCGGAUAUCCUCAAGAGUCUCAAGGAAGUUGCGCCGCCUAAUGAUCCCGACAUCGAGACCAUUCCACAGGUCAUGGAGCUUAUUGACAAUCUUGGGAAAGCUACUCAGACAGGUGUAGCGAUCAACGAACUCAAAGUCGAAUUAUUGGAGUUCUCUCGUUCUCUCGAUGGUAGCAAGUUCGGACCUCGUACAGUGAAAGAUCUCGAUCUGCUCGAUCCCACUCGCGAACUCAUUCAUAGAGGUAAACUCUACCGUCAGCCUGAAGGACCUAUAUCAUCUAGUUGGAUAGAACUCUUCGGGUUACUGUUCGAUAAUUACUUUGUCAUCGUCAAGCAGGAGAAAACGUCGAAGGCAUCUCGUAAAGAUUCUACUGAGCGUCCCGCACGGUAUACCAUCAACCGUCGACCGAUACCUCUCGAGCUUCUGUCUCUAGGCAACUUUACCGACGGUCCACGUGCAAGAGCAGGGAAAACCAUCUUCUCGGUCGGCGGCGGAGGUUCACAUGAGACGGAAGGUCAAAACGAACAAGCGAGCGACAAGAAUGCUUGGCCAUUCACCAUCUCUUUCAUUGGUCAAGGGCAAUUGGGCGGACAGUACAUUUUGUGGACGGAGAGUGCUGCAGCGAGGACAGAAUGGCAGGAGAAACUAAAGCAUGCCAAGGUGUUGAGGAAUGAGGUCGACGAUGCUGGAAAGGUGUUUGAGAUGACACCUUUGAUCACGCCGGAUGGACGUUCGCUCGUUGCUGUAGGCUGCGAGGAAGGUGUAUGGAUCGGUCUCCGAAGCGACCCCACUUCUUUACGCAGAGUACUACAUGUCAGAUCAGUCACCAACGUCGCCGUCCUAGAAGAUUUCGGCAUCUUCCUAGUUUUACACGAGAGAAGCUUGUUGGCGUAUACAUUGGAAGCUCUCGUACCUUCUGCAGCCAACAAUUCGGCUCGUGCGACCCCUCAAAGGUUGAGUUCGGGGAAGGAUAUCAUUUUCUUCACCGUGGGACAGUUCAAGGGCUUGACUUUGGUUUUGUAUAUGAAGAAGAAGGGUGUAAAUUCCCUCUUCCGAGUACUUGAACCUAUCCACGGUCGAAAUGCAGAAGACUCUGGCCGUCGAAAUCGUCCCUUCGGAGGUUUGCUCGGUCAAAGAACAGACUGGUUCCGAGUUUAUAAAGACUUUUUCAUUCCCACCGACGCCAUCAACGUCCAUUUCCUGAAACACAAGCUCGCCGUGGUCUGUGCAAAGGGCUUUGAAAUCAUGGAUCUUACAGAUCUGAAAGGUGGAGAACCCAACCGGGAUUAUCAAGUCAUAGAAUGGGAAGGUCGACCCGAUAGUGUCGCUUUCCAUCCUCCUUAUCUCCUACUCAUCUCCGCACCAUUUAUCGAGAUAAGACAUAUAGAUACCGCCAAACUCAUCCAGAUAUACACUGGGAGCGAUAUCCGGUUGACGUGGGAUGGGACAGGUGGACAAUCAAGACCAUUCGUGGAUAAUCCAGGUGUGAAAGGGUAUGGUGCAGAGAUUUCUUCACAAGAACCCAGAAUACAUAUCUGUCAAAGAGCCCCAAGACGUAAAUUCGACGAUCCGAUAGAACAACAUGUUUUCGAACUCACCCCGACGUUAUUGUUGAACAACCCAUUACUGAAUCCUAUACAUACACACGAUUCGAAUUACUUCCCACCUGCUCCAAUG